AUGGCUGAAGGUGCAAAAUUAAUUGGGGCAGGUUGUGCAACGAUCGCUUUGGCGGGGGCUGGUGCCGGAAUUGGAAUUGUUUUUGGUUCUUUUAUUAGUUCAGUAGCACGUAACCCUUCAUUAACAAAAACUUUAUUUGGAUAUGCAAUUUUAGGCUUUGCUUUAACUGAAGCAAUUGCCCUUUUUGCUUUAAUGAUGGCUUUUUUAAUUCUUUUUGUUUUUUAA